AUGGCGAGCCACAGGGAUCAAGUACAUAUUGACAACAUCGUCCGCCCACCAAAUCCAUUCAUACGACAAUCUCGAAGGUCAUCUUUGCUGAAUUUUUCCACACCCUCGCGACAUCGCCGCGUGGGCACUUUGAAAUUCGAAGAACUCGAUCAUACCCAACCACGAUAUGGCUCGAACAAAGAGGGUCCGCUGACAAGAGAGUUAUCAUAUGAUUCAGUAACAUCAACAAGAGCUGUGAACCGGUUCUCGAAUAUUGGCCUAUUCUGGACGUCCUCGAUAGUAGGAUUGCCAAUUCUUGCAUUUACGGGCGCUCUUUUGGCGUUGGCCUUUAUGCAUAGGGUCUCCAAUGACAGUACUUUCCUGUUCGGAACCCAGCAGUCGUUGCCAUCGGACCCUUCGUCCAUCCUCGUCAACUUCCCAGCUACCAGACUGGUGUUCAUUGCGUCAUGGAGCAGCACGCUUGCGCCAAUGUUGCUCGGAAGCUUGAUGGCACUCUGGCACGUCCCCACAGCCUGCAUGCUCGCAUCAACCACGACUCAAGACAAUGUCAGACAACUUCCCACCCCUCAUCAGCUAAGCAUGUUGGUCGGUCUUUCCACAGGGUCCUUUGACGAGCUUCGCAAGUACAUCAUGUAUCGUCUGAGCAACGUCAAGGCGAAUCAACCUCGCCUUCUGACCCGGUCUGCUUUGGUUAUGGUCAUCAGUUCUGUCCUAUCAGCCCUGAUAUUCGGCGCCGACACUGCAAUACAUACAUUCACCUCGACGACACCUUACAGCAAAGUGUCCAUCGAAUCGAUACCCGGCUUCGGCUUUGGUCGUGGUCUGGUCAAUGAUUGCGUUGGCUUCGAUAGAAGCACGAACCAGGGUUUGCCCUGCACAGUCAUCGCGGACGCCAGUGUUGGAGCCAACGUCAAUGCCCGGAACUCUGGAGAGAUCAUUGCACUCCAGCAUAAUGUAUCUUCGCGCAAUGCCAUAUGGACGUUGCAGGAUCAGCGCCUCGGGAACGGUGAUCUCCUCGUAUUGAUGCCGCAGACCACCGAGAUACCUCCAGACGUGGACUACCAGGCUACAACUGUUGGUGUCUCCACUCAGUGUUCGCCAUCUACAGGGCAAUGCCAUGUAAGGAUGUCUGAGGGGCCCACUUCAGCCGACAGCUUUGUUAUGUUCAAUUGUACCAACAACUUCCGCGGUGUCCUCGGAGCAUCGCCAAAUAUCUCAAGCGAUACUGUCCUCUGA